AUGGAGGAUUGGAGAAGAAUUGAUAUUGAUGCGUUUGACCCAGAUAGCGGACGCCUAGUUCCCGAAGAUUUAGCCCCUCCAAACUUGAAAUCUGUGAACGCUGGCGAAAUUGAAUCUAAAAUCUCACAGUUGCGCUCUGCAGCGACCAGCGGCGAUUUUGCAACUGCUUUGCAACUUGUGACAAAUGAACCUCCUUACAGUGCCGACGAAGUGACCAAAUCCCGGUAUUUCGAAGCAGUUUUGAGCGCUCUGACCCAAGUCCGUCAGGCAGAAAUUGCAAACUUGGUUAAACAGCUAUCACCCGCACAGACAGACGUACUAAUAAAAUACUUGUACAAAGGUAUGAGCGUACCGGAAGGCCAGAAACAAGGUGGAAUACUGCUUUCGUGGUUCGAAAAAGUAACUCAAAAUACCGGUGUCGCUCCAGUUGUACGGUACUUAUCUGAUAGAAGGACCGUCUGA